AUGCGGAUUAAAUUGCAAACUUCGGUUGGGUCUGCCGGCGUUACAACAAUAGUUACUCAGAAAACUCUUCUCUUGCUGGUUUUGCCAUCCAGAGUUUUAAUAGUGUUGGAUGCCAAAUGCAUUUCAGGACUCAAAAGUCCUUCUAGCCUCCUGAAAAGGUCAAAAGCUGGCAAAUUUAAAGUUUCCCACAUUAUGGAGGGCAGCAGGAGGCCUGGAGCCUGGGGUCACAAUGAAUUUGAAUUCCAGGGUCAUCUCGCUGUCAGAUAUAAUGGAAAUUCUGUAGAGCAAGAAUUGAAGUGGCAGCAAGAAGUGACUGAUGGAACAGAUGAAAUUGAUGGUAGUGGAGUUUCCUGCACUGGGCAGAAGAGGAGUGUCAGAGUCAGUGGGAAAUACAUGCCACCCUUGGACUGGGAGAGAGUUGAAAGGAAACACAUAUCGAGCUCAGCAGGUCAUUCCUACCUUCACUGGCCAGGUCAGUCAGUUGUCACAGGGCCAUGCUUUCACAAGCCAGCUGAAUUCCCAGUGACAGGUGAGCAACGUGGGGAUGGAAAAUGUAGUCAAUGUGGUGGAGACAGUCAAAAGCAAGGAGAGAAGACCACAGAGGAUUGGGAAACAAGCAAUGAGGAGGAAAAGACUCGUGGCAUAUUUGUUUCAAAGGUUGGGAUUUCAAAAGAAACAAUGGAUGAAUUGAAAGCCCUUCUAAAGGAGAGCCCUUUAAUUACCAGCCGGCAAAAAGUGAACAAUGAAAGCAGUUGUUUGCCCUCCAGUUUGAAGGUGCAGAACCCUGAAGAGAAGCCCAGAGAGGAAGAAGGUAAACAUGCCACCUCCUCAAAAGCAUAUUCGAAGGUCCCUGAACAGAUGACAGCACAGAGACCAAGUGAGACAUCUGGUGGCAAUGAGCCACCAAAGCUAGCAGUGGCUACUUCCGAUGCCCAAAAUUCAGACAGUGACAACACCAAAGCAGUGGCAUUGAAGACAUCAGAGCUAUCUAGUCUCACUGACAGCAAACUAGAUUCAAAGCACGACUCAGGUUCAAAAGCCCCAGAUAACAUGAGGCAACUACCUAUGAAUAACAGCACAACUGUUUCACAAACAAGCACUACUAUUGAGCAAGUGAAGCGACAGAUCACAAGAGAAGACAUUAGGUUUAUCCGUUUUGAAGCAAGUGACUUUCAUGGGAUUUCAAGAUCGAAGACUGUUCCAUCUCGUUUUUUUCAGGAGAAAGUGUUUCAUGGCAUGCCCCUCCCAAGAGGUUACCUGGAGCUAACAUUGAGCCCAAAGGAAAAUGAAGUAGAUCAUCCCAGCUUCAAUAGUGACAUACUCCUAAUGCCCGACAUAUCGACCUUCAGAGUCCUCCCAUGGGCUGAAAAAACAGCCAGGGUCAUUUGUGAUUCUUGCUCAAUAACAGGCAACCCUCUUCUGACGUCCCCUAGACAAAUAGCAAAGCUUCAACUGAACCAGCUUCGGGCGUAUGGCUUCAUCUUGCAUUCAUCUUUCACUUACGAGUUUUGGCUUUACAGCUUUGCUCAGACAUUAAACACACCGGCACCUUUCCCUGCUGCAACCCUCCUGAAUAACCAUGACCAGAGCUUUGUGCAGGAGUUAUUCGAUGGCAUGUAUGGUGCUGGGGUCGACAUUGAAAGCUUUUCCUCUUCCCGGGGGCCUGGUCAAAUGGAGGUCUCGCUUCGAGCUGAAUUUGGAAUGGGUGCAGCAGACAAUGCCUUCACAUUCAGGACUGGAGUCAAAGAGCUGGCAAGGAAACACGAUAAUGCUGCCAGCUUCUUCACGCCCUCGGGCUUUGGCAACUCGGGGACAUUUGCCCACACCCUGUGGGAUGCGAAUGGGAGGCAGAAUCUCUUCUGUGAUCCAACGGCAGCACAGGAGCUGUCGGGCAUUGGGAAGAGGUGGCAGGCUGGCCUGGCGCAGCAUGCUGCAGCCCUCAGUUGCCUGGUGGCGCCUAGCCCAUGCUGCCGCAAGCGCUACAGCAAUGGGAAAGGUGAAGGGGUUGUUGACGUGACCUGCGGGUCCAAUGACAACAGCUGUGCCUUUAAUGCCAAGUUCCACGGGGGCGGAGGCGCCCGUCUUGAAAACCGCCUGGCAUCAGCAGUGGCGAAUCCUUACAUUGUCCUUGCCGCCACUGUGGCUGCGGGCCUGGAUGGGCUCAGGAGGGGGUCAUCCGAAAGUGCAACACGGGCUGCACCCAUUCUUCACCCGCUGAAACCCUGUGCCAUUCCCGUUCGACUGGAGGAUGCACUCAAUGCGCUAGAACAUGACCACUGCAUCCGGAGGGCACUGGGCGAGCCUUUCAUCCAACAUUUCAUUGCUGUCAAACAAUUUGAAUUGAAGACACAGGCAUUGGAUGGCGAGGAUGACAAGUACCUAGAGUACUUCAUUUAG